AUGAAUUUGCUAUCAGAUGCCUCCGCGUAUAAUUUAUUGUGGACGACAUACGGUAUACUACUUGUAAGUGCGACUUUCGUGGCUUUCAAGGAAAGAGACAAUUCAGCGUUUAUUUCAGCUAAUGGCACACAAACGGCACUGCCGCUGGCUUUGAAUUUUAUUGCUUCUGGAAUUGGAUGCGGAUCCUUGUCGGCAUACCCACAGAUUGCAAAUAUUGCUGGAAUUCAUGGAUUAUUGGUAUAUGCAUUGGCUGGCGGAUUGCCUAUGCUUUUGUUUGCAUUUUUAGGGCCUCUUAUCAAACGAAAAGUCCCCAAUGGCUUUGUUCUAACCGAGUGGGUAUUUCAAAGAUAUGGGCUUGUCACAGGAUGGUACCUCAGUCUGUGUACACUCUUGACUGUUUUCCUAUUUAUGGUCAGUGAUGUUGCGGCAUUGAAGUUUGCAAUUUCAUCAAUAUCGAACGUCAAUGUUACGUACGCUAUUAUCGUUGAAGCGAUCGUUACCACUAUAUACACAUCUUUAGGAGGUUUCCAAAUAUCUUUCAUUACGGACUCUUUACAGGUCACCAUCGUCUUUGCACUCAUCACAGUCGUGACUUGUGCAAUAGGAGAAUAUGUUGAGAUUGACACGUCUAGAAUAGAGCCAUCCGGCUUAUUGAAGACCAAUAAAUUGGGUUGGCAACUAGUGUAUAUUCUGACCUUGGCCAUCUUUACCAAUGAUUUUUUCAUGAGCGGUUUCUGGCUUCGAACUUUUGCCGCCAAGACCAAUAGGGAUCUAUUGACAGGCUGUUCAAUUGCUUGUAUUGUCCUAGUGGUUUUUUCAACCGUGGUUGGAUCCAGUGGGCUACUUGCUGUUUGGGCCGAUCUUAUGCCUGUUGCGGACAAGGAAAGAUCCGGUUCUGCCUUUUUUAUUUUGAUAUCACAUUUGCCCAAUCCUGUGAUAGGGUUAACUUUGGUGAUGAUUGCAACUUUAUCGACCUGUACCUUUGAUUCAUUACAAAGUGCUAUGGUGUCAUCACUUUCAAACGAUUUAUUCCGGAAUAGAAUUUCAAUCGUUUACGCUCGCUCCUUGGUUGUUUUUGUCAUGCUACCUGUCAUAGUUAUAGGUUUAGUUGCUGAAGACAUUUUGAAGAUAUAUCUGUUUGUGGAUCUGUUAUCGAGCAGUGUAGUCCCUGUUUUAGUGGUGGGCCUGUGGAAUAAAAUGGAUACAUAUUGGACUGGCUGGGAAGUUGUGGGUGGCGGAUUUGGUGGCCUGUUGUGUGUUUGGAUUUUCGGAACUGUUUACUAUCAGUCAGCUUAUGAAGGCUUUCAUUUGUUGUUUCUAGCAAACGGCAUAUACGUGGACGAUUGGAGCUCCUUCGGGGCAUUUGUUGCAGCCCCAUUAGGAGGACUCUUUACAGGAUUUAGCAUAAUGCAUAUCAGGUUAACCUGCGAAAGAUUGUACUCCAAUCGAUCGUCCAAAUUUCAUCGCUUUUGCACCAACCUGGAUGCUAUUACCGGGAUAACUGCCGUUCGGAACACGAUCCUUGACUGGGAAACUUCAUUUUUAGGUCCUAGUGGAAUUCUUCUUACGAAAAAAAAAGAAGAUGUUUCAAAUGAAGAGUCGACGUCAGAAGGCUUGCCGUUGACCAAGUUGCAAUCUCCGAUUGCCUACGCUACUUGUUGA